AUGAGUUCGACACUUUGUUCUUCGCUUCGAUUAAGGUUUCAAAUACAAUUUAGAGUUAGCAGAGUAACACUAAGGUAUAUGAAGACUAGUGCCACAUCUCCUGCGUUUCAACGUUGCGCGAAGCGUGUAAAAACUUGGGACACUAAAGAGUUGUGCCAUCUUCUGUCAGAUUCUGAUGGGUGGGACGAUUUGGAAGACAGCCCGAGUAAAGCAAUGCAGUGUAAUGAAGCUGCUAAAACAAAUAAAGCCAUUGAUAGUGAUGAUGACGACAUGUUGAUCAUGUUUGAGAAACCCGUGGCGAAACCUACCUCCUCUACAGACAAUAGACGUCAACUGGAUCAGUUUUUACAACGAAUCUCUUCGCGAAAUGGAUCUACUUUGAAUCUUACCGGUGAAGCCAACCAGCCGCUUCCUCGAUACCCUUUUACUCCUGUCACACAUGAUUCUUUGUCACACCCAAAGACGAGGACGUCGAUAAACCAAGGCAUAAGAAGCUUCGCCACAAACGCCCCGUUGAAGAGUAAAAGCACUGAGAGACUUGGCUUUGCAGCAUACGCUAAAGAACAGAAUGUCUCUAAUCAAAGUGCCGCACAGCCAGUGGAAGACCCAAGCGUAUCGCCGUCUUUCGAAGAAACCGCAUGCCAAUCUCCUUCGAUUUCUACCGAUGAAGACUUUGAGCCAAGUUCAACAGAUAGGAAACGACCUUCCAGACGAUCUAAGAACCAUGAGCUUGUUUUUCUGACGCAAAAAGGAGAUCGCGAAGGCUCCGAGGAAGUUGCAUCGAGAACCAACAGCAAUAUUAACAAGAAAUUGGUUCAAGGUCUUGUCUUAAGUGAAGAGCAAGAAUCUGUGAUAGAGUUGGCAAAGCAAGGUUAUAAUCUUUUUUAUACCGGUAGCGCUGGAACAGGGAAGUCUGUUCUUUUAAGGGUUCUAAUCAAGACGCUACGAAGAAAAUAUGGCGCAGGAAGCGUGGCAGUAACAGCAUCCACCGGGUUGGCUGCUUGCAAUAUCGGAGGCAUAACUGUGCAUUCUUUCGCCGGGGUUGGACUGGCAAUUGGAGAUGGAAAAAGUCUCUUGAAGAAGGUGAGAAGAUCCAAAAAGCAUGUCGUCCGUUGGUCAACAAUAUCGGCUCUUGUUAUAGAUGAAGUCUCAAUGAUUGACGGUGAGCUUUUGGACAAAUUAGAUUAUAUCGCAAAGUCUUUGCGGAGAAAUCAAUCGCCUUUUGGUGGAAUUCAAGUAAUUUUGUCGGGCGAUUUCUUUCAACUCCCUCCAGUUAACAAAAACAAUGAGGUAAAGACCAAUUUUGCCUUUCAUGCCGAAGCCUGGAAGGAGGCCAUUGAUGCUACAAUAAUGCUCCAAAAAGUUUUUAGACAACAAGGCGACAGUGCCUUUGUGAAAAUGCUCAAUGAAAUGAGAAUGGGAAAUAUAUCACCGGAAACUGAGAUAGAAUUCAAAAGACUGUGUCGUCCGCUUCAGGACGAUGAUAUAAUACCGGCUGAGCUUUACAGCACUAGGAAUGAGGUAGAAAGGGCCAACAUUUCGCGACUCAAUGGACUUCCUGGAGGGUGUCACACUUAUAACGCCAUUGAUGGUGGUGACAUGAAAGACGAAGCAACUAAGCAAAAACUGCUUUCAAAUUUUCUAGCUCCUAAAGAGCUUAAGCUUAAAAUUGGGGCCCAAGUUAUGAUGAUAAAGAACAUGGAUGAAACAUUGGUUAAUGGUUCAUUAGGUAAAAUAAUCGACUUCAUUGACCAAAGAACCUAUAUGUUUUACGAGAGAGUCAGAAAUGAGCCCGAAAUCGAAACUUCAGAGCUAGAGCUUAUGCGUCAAGGAAAAGUGAAGAUGAAUGAUCCACAUGAUGAUGAUGAUCUUAAUCAAAAAGUCAUUAGAAAGAAAAUGAUGAAGGAUUCUUUUUGCAAAGCUGAUAGCCAAGUGCCUCAUGAGAAGUUGGAUGAAAGUAUCUUUGAUUUUCUACUUACAGCUACGAAAGACCUCAGCGACAGUCAAAGGACCAAUAUUGAAAGAAAAAAAGUACUGUUGGAGGAAAUACGCGCAAGCUCCAGCGGUCGUAAGCUUCCCUUUGUGAGGUUCUUGACACCCGACGGUUCAUCAAGACUUGUUCUGGUGCAGCCCGAGGACUGGGCUAUUGAAGAUGAGCAUCAAAAGCCUCUCGUCAGUAGGAUUCAAUUACCUCUGAUGCUUGCAUGGGCACUUUCUAUUCAUAAGUCACAAGGCCAGACUCUUCCCAAGGUCAAAGUAGACCUUAGAAGAAUAUUCGAAAAAGGUCAGGCCUACGUUGCUCUUUCUAGGGCCGUUUCGAGAGAUGGACUCCAGGUUUUGAACUUCAAUAAAACGAAAGUGCAAGCACAUGAAAGUGUUAUGGAGUUUUACCAGACACUCACAUCAGCAUAUGAAGCCAAAAAACGAUUCGUUGAUCCUAAGUCUAAGGUACACACACGAUCAUCCUCCCCCAAACCUGCUAAACGAACAACUUCCAGAGUUCCAGAGGAGCGGCAGGACCGAAUUACUUCAAUGCUACUAAGCAAAAAUAAGAAAUCCUCAAAUGAACUUGAUCUUGAUGCGCCGGAGAGGGCACGACGUGUGAAUGCUAACGCUGACCUUCUUAAUUGA